UCAGUUAUCAGUUAACACUUGUUUAAACGGAACCAGCGGUACUGACUGUGCUAUAACUUACCUGCAACACACAGACGAUGGACUGGGAUCGCAGUAGGAGGUUAGUUUGAUCAUUCACUUCAUCUCGGUAGGAACUAAGACGAGGGGCGCGAAUAGAUUCGAAGAUCACCGUGGCGGAGAGAGUUAUCGUCCUAGCGGCUCUCGAGCUUAUUUGCGACGCAGCAGAUCCCCCCCACGAGUCCGUUCUCCCCGUCUUGUCGCAGAUACAUGGGUUCCAUCACAUAGUCGGACAUAUGGCCGCGUGCGUAGCCGUUCACCACUAGCCCAAAGACGACGCCUCUCACGCAGCCCUUCGUUCUAUAAUCGAGAGAUGGGAGUAGGUGCCUAUACAAAGAUGUGUUCUCCACCGAGGCGGUUCUCACCUAGACGGGGCGAGUUAAGGAAUCGGUCCCCUCACCAGGCCUCGUGGCGCUCAAGGUCUCCUCCCUAUGGAGAAGGGCGUCAGCGCGAUCAUUCAUGGAGUCGAAAUAACCCAAAGCGACCGCGCGAACUGUCGCCGCGCGGCCAAGAGUUCAGAUUCUUGAGACGAGAGCGGCCUCACCCCCCCGCAGAUCUAUAUAUGAAGCCUGAUAUUCCAUUUCGGGAUAGUGGCAGUCGACCACCACUCCCCCGCCGAUCCCGAAGCCCUUUUCAUGGAAGUCGCAGGGAACGCAACCCAGAACUUCACCCAACCCAAAAGCGGCGGUCACAAUCCCCAAAGGGUCUAUCUCCUAUGCGUACAUCUGUAUCAGGCUCUCUACCUGAUUCGAGACGCUCAUCGCCUUUUACGGAGAGGCCUAAUUUCAUUUCAUCCAACGCCCCAAGUCGGUCGCCAAGUCACCACAAUCCCAACCGAUGUCUCUCUAGAACUUCGGAUCAUUCGUCCCUACGUGAAGAGCGACCCCGCGCGAUUAAGGAUAAGCCCACAUUCGAUGAGCCAAGACCAAGAUCACCAGCCUCAGAACGACCUACCGGGAAAGAACAUGAUACUGACAGCGUCGGACUACAGCGUCAAAAUUCUGAAAUUCAUGAAACAGAUCCUACUUCAUCAAAGACAGCAUAUCCCCGCAAUGUUCCAGUACAACCAAAGGCAUACGGCAAUACAUCACAGGGCCAGGCACCCCCAUCUGGCCCAUCGCAUGGCCCUAAAACAAUGUCCUUGCAGAAUCGUGCGUCAAAUAUCUCUCUAUUGUCAGCUCCAACUCGGCCACGCGGUGGUCUGGGUUUCAAGGAACCAUCUUGGGCAGGAUCUCCAGCCCGUCGCGGACCUGCGUCGGCCGGACUCCACGGGCCCCCACCGACUGGUCCGCGCAGUAGUCUCAUGUCCACAGGUCAUGGCGUCGAGUUGCCCCGCUCCAGUCUCAACAGGCAAGGUAGCAUUACCGGGCCUUCUUAUUCCCCCCGUUUGCCGAGACAUACUAGCCACCUUGCGGGCCUUCGCCAAAUCAUCCCUGAAGGCAAAAUUCUCCCAUCUAGUCUCGAUAUUGCUUUAGAAAAAAGACUUUCCCAGCUAGAUGCAGACAAGGACAGACUUUUUGAUCAAAUCGCAGACAACCAGAAGCUGCGACGACUUGGAAACCAAGACUGGGAUAGGCUUGAUCGGGAAAGUUCUAUUUGUGCACUGAAGAGUGAACUUGCAGAAGGGCAUCUACAGCGUAUAGCCGAUGGUGAAAGCAUGCAGGUUGGUGCAACGUUCUGAUAGUCCAAUAAAACGCCAUGACUACUCCAAUUACUGCGAUCUCAAAAGCAGAAUUAGAAGAGAAGCAUAGGGGUAGAAUGUCAAUCCUGCCUUCUUUAGCACGCAUGGACAUUGAUGGUCUAUGCGUUCCCCAGUAUUGUGGAUUGGAAAUUCCUGUUUUCACAGUGAAUCAUGAAUGCAG